GACCCGUGAUGUGUGUGAGGCCAUCUGGUAACACGACCUUUGGCCUUGAUCUCUAGACGGGAGCCACAGUUAACCCAAUUCAAUUUGUACUUCAGAAAGAUUUGUUUCACCAACAGAAAAAGCACGUUUCACUUGAAAUGUUUCUGUACGCUUUUUGAUAUGUUAAAUACUUGCUUCUGCAGAAGACAAAAGAACACUAUGAAUGGAAGAGAAAUGUGUAAGAUUAUUCUUUUUUUUUUUUAAAUCUAACAAUAACUAAUGCUUGGUGCAUCUUUAGAUGCUACAAAUACUCCAAACCUGUGUCAAUAACUUUAUUUACAAAUAGGUAAAAUGCAUAAAGUUCUUUAGAACAAACAGCAGAGAAUUUGUGCACAUGCAGACUGUUGAAUGAAGCUGCUGGUACAAGGUUCAAUUGAUCUAGCCCAACCGACUCUUGCCAAAAAUAGUCAAAGUCUAAAAUUAGAGUAAAUUAUCAAACCCAUUCUUUAAAAAAACAGAAACAAAGUAACCCACUGCAGUCCUCUAACAUUUUGUAUAAGGAACCACAACAGAAAUACCACUGCAGAAGUAUUAAAGUGGAGGUCCUCAGAGGACAGAGCUGAUGCUAAGCCAUGUUUCGGCCUUGGAAGACCAUGUCUAAGUCGCUGAAGAAGAUCGUGGAGGAGAGCAGGGAGAAGAACCAGCCCGAGGUGGACAUGUGCGACCGCGGCAUCUCCAACAUGCUGGAUGUUCCCGGCCUCUUUACAUUGUCUCACAUCACACAGCUGGUUCUGAGUCACAACAAGCUUACAACUGUGCCAGCAAACAUUGCAGACCUGAGAAACAUAGAAGUGCUCAACUUUUUCAACAACCAGAUUGAGGAGCUGCCUACACAGAUUAGCAGCCUUCAGAAGCUUAAACACCUUAAUCUUGGCAUGAACAGGUUAAACACCUUGCCCAGGGGAUUUGGCUCUUUACCAGCUCUGGAGGUUCUUGACUUGACUUACAACAAUUUAAAUGAAAACUCUCUACCAGGAAACUUCUUCUAUCUGACCACCCUGCGUGCACUCUAUCUAAGUGACAACGAUUUUGAAAUCCUGCCGCCAGAUAUUGGGAAGCUCACAAAGUUGCAGAUACUGAGUCUUAGAGACAAUGACCUGAUAUCACUGCCCAAAGAAAUUGGUGAGCUCACUCAGCUUAAGGAACUUCAUAUCCAGGGAAAUCGCCUUACUGUGCUGCCCCCAGAACUAGGUAAUUUGGAUUUGACUGGUCAAAAGCAAGUCUUCAAAGCAGAGAACAAUCCUUGGGUUACCCCUAUUGCUGACCAGUUCCAGCUGGGCGUAUCUCAUGUUUUUGAAUACAUACGUUCAGAAACAUAUAAAUAUCUUUAUGGUAGACACAUGCAGGCGAAUCCUGAACCUCCAAAGAAGAACAAUGACAAGUCAAAGAAGAUCAGCCGUAAGCCUCUGGCAGCCAAGAACAAAUAAGUCUCUGGCUUCUGCCUCUGUUUUUAUGUCUUUUACAUUGCUUUUGCAUGUGCCUGUAAUAUGUUCCUAUGCAUCUCCCGUUACUCAUAAGAAAGCAGACAGUAGCAGUAAAAGCAAUUUACUAUGUAUACUUCUUUAGAAGAUACUGCUGAACACAAAAUUAAAUAUUCCUCUAAUUAUGGUCACAUUUAUGUAGCCAUUUAAUAUAUCACUGUCAAACGCAUUUUAGCUUUUCUAUUUAUAUGUAUAUUAAUGUCCUCUCUUCACAUGUAUCACGUCCUGUUAAUAUCAGGGGGUUUGCACCUAUAUUAUACAAUAUUGAAUUUCAUAUAAUAUUCCAAGUGAUUUUAAUAAAGGUCUUUCUUUGUA